UCGGUAUGGUAUAAGGUACACACAGAGUAAAGUUAUUUGAUGUUUGACACGUGCUAUCCUAGAGGUCAUGUGACGCCGCAGUUCUACAUAACGCGUAAAAACAACCGGAAGCUCCUCCCUGAUGCCGUCUCUAUGGAGACCCGAGUCUCCGCUACCGACAUGCACCUGGAUGGACACGUCACGAAUCGGGCAGCUGUAGGAGAAGCGGAGUCGGUACCUGGAGACUGAGAGGUUGUCGGCACUGGUACUUCGUAUAAACGCUGCUGGAAAUGUCUGUCAUUCUGUUUGCAUCAGUGGUUCGAGCGAGAGAUGGGCUCCCACUGUCUGCCUCCACAGAUCAUGAGCAAAACAUGGCUGUACAAGAGACCAAAAAAUAUCUGAAAAUUGUGUCCAGAAAGUUGGAGCAGCUCCCGGACCGGUGUACUAUGAAGAGAGGUCCACACAGCAUUAAUAUUAUCAGCUCCCUUGGUGUCAGCUACAUGAUGCUGUGUUCCGAGAGUUACCCCAGUGUCCUGGCCUUCUGCUUCUUGGAUGAGUUGCAGAAAGCGUUUAUCACAACCUACGAGAUGGUUCAUAUCAACACAGCCAUCAGGCCAUACUCUUUUAUUGAGUUUGAUAAUUUCAUACAGAAAACGAAGCAGAGAUUCAAUAACCCACGAUCACUUUCUACAAAGAUGAACCUUGCUGACAUGCAGACUGAAAUCCGCCUGCGGCCUCCAUACCAGAUUUCUCUGCAAGAGCUUGGCUUGGAGAAUAGUGUCAACCAUGGAAAAGGCCCAGCCUAUAAGGGCAUAGCUCCUCACCAGCGUCUGGAACCGUUGACCUUGACUGGGAUUAUCUCCUGUUUGCUCAGUCUCCUGUGUGCAGGUCUCAAUCUAAUCCGGGGUUUUCAUGCAGUAGAAAGUCUGCUGCAGAAUGACGAUGAUAUCAGUUGCAUUAUCGCCUUCUUCUUGGGAACAGUCGCUUGUCUCUACCAGUGUUACCUAUUUUUGUACAGUACCAGCUGGAGAAAUGUGAAGUCAUUCCUGUCAUUUGGACUCAUCUGUCUGUGUAACAUGUACCUGUAUGAAUUACGUAACCUGUGGCAGCUCUUCUUCCACGUCACUGUCGGGGCUUUUAUAACGCUACUGAUCCGGUUACGGCAACCACAGAACAAGUCCCCUGAUUAUAACGUUUGACUUUCCCGCAACACACACAAACACUGCUCUGUUCUACUGUAGCUGGAGAUCUGAGGACAUCUUAUUUUCACUUUAUUUUUCCGAUUUUGUUUUUUCCUCCCAAUAUUUAUUUUGUGUCCUCUGAGGCACAUAGGAAAUUGCGGUGGUACACAGUGUUUUUCUUUUCCCCCUAAGUUAUUGCCUUUGUAAGGCAGUUUAUCGUGUUCCUAACAAAUAAAACAAUCUGUGUAGAUAA